UUCCAGCUUUACGCACGAGACAAACAUGUGCAAGAAAGAAUCGCACUGACGAAACCAAUCCCAAAUGGCGGCGAUAGCAGCAGCGGCCAUCUCCGGCGGUGCGUCUCUUCUGCCCAAUGGAGCCGCCCUCUCCUCCUACUCCUCUGAGUACACGGGGGGAAUUCUCAGGCGCACGUUGGCACCACGGCUCCUUCCCUCGCCUGUGCCUGUUGCCCGCCUUCGCGGAGGCCGCAUCUCAUGCCGGACGUCCGCGCCCUCGCAUUCCGCCAUUUCUGGUACCAAAUCAGACGAGAUGAAAUCUGGACCUAAGGACUUUCUCCACAUCAAUGACUUUGAUAAGGAAACAAUCCUCAAGAUCAUAAAUCGAGCAUCUGAGGUCAAAGCACUGUUAAAAUCAGGAGAUAGGUCUUUCCUUCCUUUCAAAGGAAAGACUAUGGCCAUGAUUUUUGCUAAACCAUCCAUGAGGACCCGUGUUUCAUUUGAGACUGGAUUCUUCUUGCUUGGUGGCCAUGCCAUUUACCUAGGUCCUGAUGUUAUCCAAAUGGGCAAACGUGAGGAGACUCGAGAUGUUGCUAGAGUACUUUCACGCUACAAUGACAUCCUUAUGGCACGCGUAUUUUCUCAUCAGGAUAUUUUGGACCUUGCUGCAUAUUCUUCUGUACCUGUUAUAAAUGGUCUGACUGACUAUAACCAUCCAUGCCAAAUAAUGGCUGAUGCACUUACAAUUAUCGAACACAUCGGUCAAUUGGAGGGAGCCAAGGUUGUGUAUGUCGGAGACGGGAACAAUAUUGUACACUCUUGGCUUUUGUUGGCAUCUGUGGUUCCUUUCCAUUUUGUAUGUGCUUGCCCAAAAGGAUUUGAACCAGAUGAGAAGACUGUCGAAAAGGCAAGGAGUGCUGGAGUUAGUAAGAUUGAAAUUACUGAUGACCCAAAGGAAGCAGUCAAGGGUGCAGAUGUUGUGUACUCAGAUGUUUGGGCUAGCAUGGGGCAAAAAGAGGAGGCUUCAUACAGAAAGCAGAAGUUCCAAGGAUUUCAGAUUGAUGAAGCCCUGAUGGAGAUUGCUGGUCCAAAGGCUUACUUCAUGCAUUGCUUACCCGCAGAGAGAGGCGUAGAGGUUACCAACGGUGUCAUCGAAGCUCCCAACUCAAUUGUUUUUCCCCAGGCCGAAAAUCGGAUGCAUGCACAAAAUGCCAUCAUGCUCCACCUCUUGGGUCUCUAGGAUCAUCAUAUCACUAACUAUGUGAUGAAAGGCUAAUCAAGGUCUCUUCCUGUUUUUCCAAUAGGAUUAUCAAAUUGGAUUUUGGAAGACAGUUAAUGAGGUUUCAGUACGUCAUCUACUGAUAAAAUAAGGAUAUCUUUACAGUAAAUUUGGAUUAAUUCGCCUGUACGGACAAUAUUCUCACCUCUCAUAUUUGAAUGGUGGGACCCACUCAGGGUUAGUAGGGCUCAUUAUCUGAAUGUGAGAGGUGAGGACACUGCUUAUAUACAAGUAUUGAAAUUUUCCGUCAAUUGAGGUGAGGGAAGGAUAAUAAAAGAGAAUGUAAUUUUUAAUCUUAUUUUAUCCUCCGGUAUCUUUCAAAUGGCC